AAACCCGCGAGAAAACCCACGUCAACACGCGCCGCACGGGACACGCGACGCGGUACCGUUCGACCGGACGCGCGAAUUGAGCACGGAGGUACCCCACUCGAACGUUCGCGCGCGAAAUUCGACUCCGCGUGACGCUGAAAGACUCGACCGCGCCAGCUUCCGGUGAACCGAAAAGCAACGAGGGACGCCACGUAUUGAGAAAAUGACAAUCACUCGGGACCCCGCCUCCGUCGAGUUGGAGGAGGACGUGUCUACGGACGAGGAUCUUUCGCACGGGAGCAAGAAGGAGCUCGGCGCGGCGCACAAGAAAUCGCCCGGCGGCAUGCGACGGGUGGACUCCCUGGAGCUCCACAGGCUUCGGCUCCCCGAGAUCGUGCGCAAGACGAAGAGGCCAGGGCCCAGCUCGCUGGGCAAACGCAAGGCAACCGCUCAGAGGAACAACACCAUGACAGCGAGCCUCCUGUCGUUCAUGGGGCUGGGAGGGGGCACGAGCGCGGUGGUGAAAGCCUGACGAACCCUACGCGACUGCGAACGAUCGUCGCACGAUGUAUAGCGCACGCAACAGCUGUAUUGAUUGUACCAUCGGUGGAAACCAGCAGACAACAUUGUUUGACCUCGCCAGCCCAAGCCGAGGCAGAGAUGCACGAUGUAUACGUGGAGAUUUUUGAAAGAAUCCAACUACUUAGAGAUAACAAA